AUGGCCGCACCACUGCCAGAGAAAUUCGAUGACCUACUCGACAAGCGCCGAUAUUGGCCUGAUGCACCUGGGUCUGAGGAAGAAGGUCUGGGCAUGCUGCGCCUAUUGACACCGGAGGUAGUAGCAGAUGCCGCACGAACACAGAUCCAGACCGGCGAGCGCGUGUGCCUGAACUGGGAUAUCGAGAACUUGACCCCACCAGGUAUGCCAAAUACACUUGCAAGAAAUCGGACCCAAGCUCAAACUGAGGCUCACUCAAUGGCUCCGAUACUAAUGACACGCCCAGGAUUCGGCCGCAAGCCAUUCGAACAUAACAUCAAAUGGGUAGCCGAAGGUAUCGCCUUGGACGACGAAUACCACUUCAACCCCCAACAGUCCUCCCAAUGGGAUGGUUUCAGACACCACAACGCCCCAGCUCCAACUCCAACAGACCCAAACCGUCGCCUCUUCCACGGCGGCACAACAGCAACCGAAAUCAAAGACACCAACUCCCCCCGCAUCGGCAUCGGCUUCUGGGCCAAAAAGGGCAUCGCAGGCCGCGGCGUCCUAAUAGACUACGUCUCCUACGCCAAGAAGAGAGGAAUCCCCCUCAACGCACUUACCCGCCAAACCAUCACCCUAGAUGAAGUGCAAGAGAUCGCCGCCGAAUGCAACAUCAGCUUCCAGCGCGGUGAUAUCUUUUUCCUCCGUGUCGGGCUCCCGGAUACCUGGGCGGGUAUGUCUGCUGAGCAGCGGCUGGAAUAUAGUCAGCAGCCUAUGCCGCAGCAUGCGGGGAUUGAGCAGAGUGAGAGGGUGGUGAGGUUUAUGUGGGAUAAUCAUUUUGCGGCCGUUGCGUCGGAUGCGGUUAGUUUUGAGGUUUUCCCGGCUUUGAAUGAGGAGUUUGAUUUGCAUCAUUGGCUGCUGGCUGGAUGGGGGAUUCCGAUUGGGGAGAUGUUUGAUUUGGAUGUUCUGGCUGAAACUUGUCAGAGGCUUGGGAGGUGGAGCUUUUUUGUUUCGAGUAGCCCGUUGAACUGUGCCAGGGGGGUUUCUAGUCCGCCUAAUUGUAUGGCUAUCUUCUAG